AUGCCUCCUGAAUUGCCAACUCCCGACCAGGAAGAAGAGGCUCAGAAGAGCCAAGCAAAGGUUGUGGAGAGCUGCGUGGCCGCCGCCGGGUACAGCGUGGGUGAGUUCGCGGCGCUGGUGUUCGCCGGAGCCAUGGACUUUGCAGAAGCACUCUACGCUGUGAAGGUACGUGCUGAGGCCAUGCAGGCGGCGGCGGAGGCUGUCCCCAGUGGAAUGCUGUCAGUCAUUGGCAGACGAGAGGCCAACUACAAAUACGCCUGCCUGGAAGCCCGUAGGCACUGUGAGUCGCUGGGCAUAGACAACCCCGUGUGCGAGGUCUCCAACUACCUGUUCCCAGAUAGCAGAGUCAUCGCAGGGCACAUACAGGCUUUGGAGUUUUUGCAGAAGAACGCCCCAAAAUUCUACUUCACACGUACCAAAAUGCUUCCAGUCAGUGGUGCUUUCCACACACAGCUCAUGGAACCUGCAGUAGAGCCGCUGGCUGAAGUCCUGAAGUCCAUCGAAAUACAAAAACCACUGAUUUGUGUCUAUUCCAACGUUGACGGCAAAAAGUACAUGCACUCAAAGCACAUCCAGAAACUGCUGGUGAAGCAGCUCGUCUCACCCGUGCUGUGGGAGCAGACUAUGCAUUCUGUGUACCAGAGGAAGCAGGGAAUGGAAUUUCCAUACACUUACGAGGUGGGUCCUGGGAAACAGCUGGGAGCAGUUCUCCGAAAGUGCAAUCUGAAAGCCUGGAGGCAGUACAGCCAUGUGGACGUCACAGAGGAGGAGGAAGCAGCAGAGACGUAAACAGCUUUUUGAGAAGAAUCCACGCGACUUGUGCUUUCCACAAUGUACAAAUAACGUCAGGCUCCUGAAAGGGGAAGUGUGAAACUCUGAUGGCUCUUCACAGUGAGAGGAGCACCAUGCAUCACCACAGGAAAUGUUCUUCUCCACCGUGUGCCUUAGGUGUGGAGCAGGAGCUCAGCUCUCCUACCUGCACCAGGACUGCAGAGUUGUCAAUAAAUGCACCAAGCAGCUUCCUCCUUGGCCCGCAUCCUGCAA